AUGGCGGCGGCGAGCCCCGCCCCGCCCCUCCUUGGCGGCCGCAAGAUGGCGGGCGGCAGGGAGCCGGGGCCGGGCCUGGCCGUGGAGCGGGUGGUGGAGGCCCUGGAGCUGCUGCUGCGGCCGCCGGCCGGGCCCGGUGAGCGGGGAGACGAGGCCGUGCCCGGCCCGGAGGGAGCCCUGCGGCUGGAGCCGCUGCGCAGGAACGUGUGCGCGCUGGAGGAGCGGCUGCGGGAGCCGGGCUGGGCGGCGCUCCGCGGCCUGCACCGGGCUGUGCUGGCCCGGACCCCUGCGCUGGCAGCCGGGGUCGCGGCCGAGGCCGACCCGUGCUGGGCUGCGGCCUGCGCGCUGCUGGCGCUGCUGCUGUGCCUCAAGGAGCGCUUGGCCGCGCUCGCCGCCGCCGAUGCCGGUACCGGUACCGGUGCCACUCCCGGUGCCACUCCCGGUGCUGCUCCCGGUUCCGGUGCCACUCCCGGUACCGGUACCGGUGCCGCUCCGCCGCCCAGCGCAGACACCCUGAGCGUGGCGCAGGCCCAGGCCGUGGGGCGGGCGCUGCGGGCCGCAGUGGGGCUGGGCCUGGUGCCGUACCUGCCGCCGGGAGUGGGGCAGGUCCCGGGGCCCCGUCCGCCGCCCCCGGCCUCCUGCGGGCCCCGGCUCCUCGCUGCCACCGCCGCCCUGUCCGAGCUGGCCCAGCACCCGGCGCUCGGUGCCCCGCUGCUCGCCCGACACCUCGGCCUCCUGCUCGCCAGCCUCUGCCUGCUGGGCCAUGGGCCUGCUGCCUGCAGCGAGGGUGUUUCGGAUGCAGAGCGAGCUCGAUGCCGGCAAACCCUGCAGCACAUCCUGGACCGCAUCUACCAGCCCCUGGCGGUGCGGGAGCUGCUCAUCCUGCAGGGACGGCCUAAGCAGAAUCCUCCCUCUCCUGGGGAACAAACAAAGCCAGCCCUUGUGCAGGCCCCGGCGUGGCUGCGGCGGCUCUGCGGUCAGCUGCUCUCCGAGAGGCUGAUGAGACCCAGGGGGGUUCAGGCUGUGGUUCGGGGCAUCAUGGAGGGAGCAGGCGGUGGCGCUGGUGCUGAGGCAGCAGCUGUGGACUGGAGAAAAUGCGAUGCGGUUGCAAAGAUCCUGGCUUCCUGCCCGCAGCAGUGCCCUUCCCUUGAGGAGUACUACAGGCUGGUUUGCCCCCAGGUUCUGGGCUUGCUGCACAUCCAGGACAAGCUGACAGCGCUCCAGUUCCAGCGUGUGGCCACCACGACGCUGCUCACCAUGGCGAAAGAGCACCCUCAGCUGGCAGAGAAGUACCUGCUCCAGCCCCUGCUGGCACCGCUGCUGCGGUGCUCAGAGACAGCAGAGCUAGUAAUGGAAGAUCUGUCAGCAGGGGCUGUGCUGGUGACAGAGGCAGAGCUUGGCAGCUGUGUGGAAGAUGUGCUCAAGGUGUAUGUGGUUGGAAAUGACAGCUCGAGCCUGCUGCUGGGAUCCUUACAGUCAGUCCUGGGAGUGGUUUUUUCCCUCUAUUCCUUCGCCAAGCAGAAUGUGUCAUACUUACGCUCCCCAUGCCAGGAGAUCCUGCUGUGGUUCCUGGAGAAGUCAGAGCGCGAGGUGGCACUGGCAGUGCUGGAGGGCUUUGCAGGGCUCAACAGCAUCGUGCCCACCCUGCACCCAAGGUGCCGGUUCUGUGCGGGCAGUGAGGGUGGAGCCACCAUCACAGUGGAGGAGACCAUCAGUGAUGAGGAUGAUGCCCUCUACCAGAAGAUUUCGUUGGAGCAGUGCCACAUGGAGACCUUGGUGGAGCUCUUGUCUCACUGUCAGAAGAGUGGUCUAGCCGGAGACUUCUUCAUCCGCUGCCUGCAGGCACUGACUCAUGUGGCUGCGGAGGAUGAAGUGGCUUCAAACUUGGCUGCAGCGCCUGGAGGGAGUCUCUUGGAGCUGGAGCAGUACCACACUGGGCAGAGGAGGAAGCUGUUGGUCCUGCAGCUUGUGGCCACACUGUGUGAGAACAUCUCAGACACUGUGUUCACAGAUGUUGCUCAGGUACAGGAGUUUGUGGCAGCCACACUGCAGCGGGCCUGUGCCAGCCCGGCACAGGGCCCUGGCGCGGCCGUGGAGGCACAGACCCUUGCCAUGGCCAUGGGGCUGGUGGCUGCCAUGCUCGGUGGAGCCGUGCAGCUACAAUCCAGUGACUUCGCCAUCCUGAAGCGGUUGGUGCCGCUGCUGGAGGAGCUGUCCCGCACCUACCCUGAGCCCGUCACCCAGGAGCUGGCCUCAGACCUGCGCAUUGCCAUCUGCACCCACGGGGCCUUUUCCCCCGGGACACUGGGUGCUGCUGCUGACGGCGUGCUGCGGAAGAAGCCAGGGACUGGAGUGCAGGGGCCUGAUGGCAUUCCCAAUGGAGCACCAGGCUUGGGGGGUGACCGGGCACCAUCAUGGCACAGCCACAGCAACUCGGCUCCUGGUGAGAGGAGUGAGGAGCAGACAUUGAGCCAUGAGCCCAGCACCACUGGUCCUGCUCUCACCUCAUGUACUGACAGCCCAGCUGGGCUCCAGGAGCUCCUGGUGUCAGCCUACGACCCACAGCCACCGGGCCGGGCAGCUGCACUGCGGUGCCUCACCAGCCUCAUCACACAGCGUGAUCCGGAGGCCCUGAGGCUUCAGGAGAAACUCCUGCAGGUGUUCCUGGAGAACGUGCAGCACGAGGAUGCCUUUGUCUACCUGUCAGCCAUCCAAGGUAUUGCCCUGCUCUCCAGCGAGUACCCAGAGCGGAUCCUGCCCAUCCUGCUGGCUGAGUACCGGUGCCCAGCACGUGGCACAGAGGAUGCCACAGCCGCCAUCACCAGGAUGAAGCUGGGCGAGGUGCUGAUGCGUGUCACACAGGCACUGGGGGACAUGGUGUUCAAACACCGGGAGCCACUGGUGCAGGCCUUCCUGCAGGGUGCACGGGACCCUGACAGUGCACUGCGGGCCAGCAGCCUCUCCAACCUGGGCGAGCUCUGCCAGCGCCUCAGCUUUCAGCUGGGCUCCAUCAUCCACGAGGUCACCUCCUGUGUGACAGCCAUAGCCAAGACAGACCCUGAGGCAGAAGUGCGAAGAGCUGCUGUGCAUGUGGUGGUGCUGCUGCUGCGGGGGCUCAGUGAGAAGGCCACUGAGGUGCUGCAGGACGUCCUGCGGGACCUUUACCGGCUGCUGAAGUACGUGGUGAUGGCUGAGCCUGACGGUGCAACCAGGCUGCAUGCGCAGCUGGCGCUGGAGGAGCUGGAUGUGGUGAUGAGGAGGGUUCUGUUCCCCCCACAGACGCUGCAGAAGAAGAUCACGGUGCUGCCAUAGCAGGGCCAAGGCUGCAGGAAUCAACUCUUCCCACUCAGGAGCUGGGGCCAAGCUCUGCCAAGGGAAGGGUUUGCUGUGUCCCUGGGAUACCACCAGCCAGGAGACGGUUGGGGCAAUGUGGACUUACUGGGAUAGGGCAGGAAAUAAAAUGGAGAGAUGCUCA